AGACGCCGACGCCCGGCGCCGACGUCGUUUUUAAAGCGUCAACGUUGUGCUGGAGUAAUCUCACCCAAUCCGGGAGACUCAUAAGUAAAAAAAAUCGUUAGAAUAAUCAACCCUCUCAGACACGCUGGCACGUCGUAAAGAUGCAUUGCUGAAAGUUUUAUAUCGGACGUUUCCGACGUUUUUUCAUCACGGUGCUAAGAUAACGAAAGGGAGGGAAAAUAAGCAAUAAGCAAUGAAUUUAACAUUGUGAAACGGGGCCGCGUGAAUCAUUUAACAUAAAUCAUUUUUAAAUCGUGCUUGUACAUAUAAAUUAGUGAGAAAAAAAAAUAUUUCUUUAGCGUGGUGAUAUCUUGUCAUAUUUUUUUUUCUUUCUUUUUGAAAUGGGUACGGCGAGUCGCGAUUUCGAGCGCGAUCGGGAGGACGAGAUCCACUGCCGAAUUUGUGCUAGUGACAUACCAAGAAACGACGGGGUCCACAUUUUCGCUGAGGAUGGUAGACGGCACUACCUGCAGACCAAAAUACGAAAAUAUCUCUACAUCUUGGUGUCCUCUGAAGAUAAAUUAUCAAAAAUGGUAUGUGUUACGUGCAUUAAAAGAUUAGAAAGUAUUCAUCGCUUUGCUAUGAUGGCAUAUAGAACGCAGGAGAAGUUAAAAUCUCAGUUAUAUAGUAAUAGUGAUGAUACAAAUAUACAGGAUGUAGAAAGAGAAAGUGUUAAAGAUGUGCAAAACACAAGGAGGAUAGAAGACCGGGGAUUAUUACAUACAAUAUUAACAAAAGGGGCAAUAGAAAUUUUGGCUGAAGGCGAACCACUGGGACCAUCAGAAUUAAUGUCACAAGAACAUAAAUGUCAUACUCCAAGUAUGGAAGAAAUGGAAGUCAAGGUAGACCCAAUGUUAUUUUUACAGUAUGGUAUGGAGAAUUCAGCAUCAGAAACUUCAGAAGCAUCUGAUACAGAAGAAAUAAUAACAAAAACAAACUCCCCAGAACCAUUACCAUUAACAAAUAAAGUUGAUGAAAUAAAAAAGGAAACAAAAGAAGAGAGCAAUGAUAAAUUACAAGAAGAUACUGAAGAACUUAUUUCUAAUGUAUCAACUAAACCUCAUGAAUGUACAAUAUGUGCUCGAUCCUUUAUAUCUCAAAUUGGUUUACAAAAUCAUUUAUGGUCUCAUUUGCCUAAAGAUAAACGACUUGAUGGGAAGCCUAUUUUAAGAUCCCAACAAGUUUAUUCUACUAAUGGUGUACUUCAUAUGAAUACCGAUAAUAAUUCAUCAAGCAAUUUUAUCUGUCCAAUUUGUAGUAAAAAGAUCUCUACUAAAGGAAAUCUAAAAGUACAUUUGGAAACUCAUCGGCCUAAAGGAAAAUAUGGUUGUGACAUAUGUGGUAGAAUCUUUAAAACACAGUCAAAUUUAUUCAGACACAAGGAGUACCAUGGUGGAAUACAAUUUCCAUGCAAUGUAUGUGGGAGAGUUUAUCCAACAAAUUCUACAUUACGAGCUCAUAGUAUAACGCACUCGGAUUUGAGGCCGCACGCGUGCCCUCUUUGUGAUAAAACUUUUAAAAGAAAUCAAGAUUUAAAGUUUCACAUAAAUCAACAUACAGGUGCAAGGCCUUAUCAAUGUCCAUAUUGUCCGAAAGCUUUCGCGAGUUCUGGAAAUUGUUUCUCACAUCGUAAAAGAAUGCAUCCUCGAGAAGUACAUCGAGAUAGACAAAGAGCAGCAGAUUUAAUGAGAUGAACCAUGGGUAGCCAAUACGAAGAAUGGUUUUAGAAAAAUAAAAUACUUUACGAUAUUAUCGUAUCCAUGUGUAUUAGCUAUUGUAAUGAGAAACAUGAGCUUUAAUUUUGAAUAUUAAUGGUGCUAAAACGCAAGGAGCAACGGAACUUUUGUAUACUUUAAUUGAGUCGUUUGAACAUAGUAUUAGAUACUUAUUGUUAUUGACAAGCACUUAGUUGUUUGUUCUUAUGGCGUAACUAGGUCUUCUUUACAUAUUAUAAAAUAGAAACAAAUAUAUAUUUUUCUUAAUUUUUUAACUUAUUGAUGUUAUCAAACUUGAUAUACUUCCAUUGUUGUUGAUGAAUUUAGUGAUUAUUAUUUAUUGACUCAUAUAUAGUACAAGUGAUAAUAACGAUAGGUUUUAAACUUUCUAGUUAAAAUAAGAAAUUCGUAUUUUUUACCGUUUAUCAAUAUUUAACUUGUAUACAUUUUCUUCUGCAUAUUUAAGGGUAGAAGUUAUAGACCACCCUUGCUACCAUUUCUUAAAAACGAUUUUAUGACAAUGCGAUCAUUAAAAAAUUAUACGUAAAGUAAAAUUUUAUUUUACAUGCCCAUCGUUAACGACGUAAUAUCGAACAUUAUUCAGUCGAAGAGCAGUAUUAUUCAAAUAAUUUUCAAUAUAAUACAAAUUAACCCAUCGGUAAUGAGCACAAUGAAAUAUUAAACUUUAAAAUUAAGAUUAAAGUGUAUCUCUCAUAAUUUUGCGUAAAAAAUUAACUAGUAAAGAAAAUUUAGUAAAUGUAAGAUAACUGUGAUUUUUUAUAAAUCGGUGGUAUAUUAGAAAAUUCAGUCAUAUUCGAUGGGUUUAAGUACAUAUGUAUUGGAUAUUGUAGAUAUAAAACAAAAUAAUAAUAGUAACGUGACUACUUAUUUCCGUACGCUCAAAAUUUGGUCUAAAUUUGACGAAAUAUAAUUUUUUUUUAAUAUUUAAAUACGAAUAAGGAAUUUACAAUAUUUUUUGAAACCUUGAACGGGUACUCUGUAUAUUGUAUGUGAUAUUUUUAAGCAACAUGUACUUAGUAUAUUUUCAAGAGACAAAAGGUACAAAGGGUUGGGCGUUGAAAUUAUUUGAUAUUUAUUUCAUGAUUGUUGUGUCACCGAAGGAACGAUUUUAUUUUAUUCUUACGAAUAAUGUAAAUGGAUUUGAAUGAUGAUGAACGUGUUAUUUUGUUCAUAUAAAAGGAGCUGUUUAACGAUAUUUGAUAAAGUAUUUAUAUCUACGAAAUGAUUAAAAAAUGACCAAAGGCGAAAAAAAGAAAAGAACCGGAAAAGGAAGCAUUUCUUUAGGGAAUAAAAGUAGAAAAUUUUGUAGUUCGAGGCAUAUUUUUAGCACAAUACAUGAACAUCAUCAUUAAGUAACGUUAAGACUGUAUACGAAAUUCUGUGUCAAAUUAGAGUAACUGCGUAAAUGUAAGAGAUUAGUAUACAAUAUCAAUGGCUGUAUGUGACGAAAGAUGAUGAGUCUAGUUUAUUCAAGAUACAGUAUUAAGUAUAAUGAAUAAUGUAGAGGCUGUAGCUACCGUUACAAACGAUCAUAAUGUUAUUCUUUUAAACAGAUAUACGAUUAAAGAAAAGUAAAUGUUAACUAAAGUCUGAGUAGCUUUUAGGAAACUUUAGAUAAGAGUUUUUAGAGAAGAAGUCAUGUAAAUGUAGAGGAUUAUAGCCUCUGCUUCCAUAUGUAUCGUAUACAUCGCACACGUGCUAGAUAUUCCAAAAAAAAGCGGAUGUCUGAUAAUGGACACAGUCACAGAAAAAUGUACGACGAUCACGUAACUAAGAAGAGUAGUACUUACAGGCGGAAAACCGUGUGUAACUGCGUGCUACCAUUGCUAAAUUAGUGUAGUAGGGUGGCCAAGCUUUCGCCAUAAUGAAAAUGAAAUGGACCAAGAAAGAAUGGAAUAAUAUUGUAAUUAACACAUCGAAUUCAAUUUAAAACAAAUUUCAAUGGUCUUUUUCAUCGUGUAUUUAGCUUCGGUUCUAAGAUCAUUUCUUAAAUCAGAUGAUAUUUAAAAGUAUCUAA